GGAGAAUCCCGUAUUCUCAGAGUAAAAGUUGUUUCCGGAAUUGAUCUUGCCAAAAAGGACAUCUUUGGAGCCAGUGAUCCGUAUGUGAAACUUUCGUUGUACGUAGCGGAUGAGAAUAGAGAACUUGCUUUGGUGCAGACAAAAACAAUUAAAAAGACGCUGAACCCUAAAUGGAAUGAAGAAUUCUACUUUAGAGUAAACCCAUCUAAUCACAGACUCCUUUUUGAAGUAUUUGAUGAAAAUAGAUUGACACGAGACGACUUCCUGGGCCAGGUGGACGUGCCCCUUAGUCACCUUCCGACGGAAGAUCCAACCAUGGAGCGACCCUACACGUUUAAGGACUUUCUUCUCAGACCAAGAAGUCAUAAAUCUCGAGUGAAGGGAUUUCUGCGACUGAAGAUGGCCUACAUGCCCAAAAACGGCGGUCAGGAUGAAGAGGGCGGCGAGCAGAGGGACGACAUGGAGCACGGGUGGGAAGUCGUGGACUCGAAUGACUCGGCUUCUCAGCACCAAGAGGAGCUUCCUCCUCCUCCUCUGCCCCCCGGGUGGGAAGAAAAAGUGGACAAUUUAGGCCGGACUUACUACGUCAACCACAACAACCGGACCACCCAGUGGCACCGACCGAGCUUGAUGGACGUGGCCUCGGAGUCGGACAGCAACAUCAGGCAGAUCAACCAGGAGGCGGCACACAGGCGCUUCCGCUCGCGCAGGCACAUCAGCGAGGACCUGGAGCCCGAGCCCUCGGAAGGCGGCGAUGUCCCCGAGCCUUGGGAGACCAUUUCAGAGGAAGUGAAUCUCGCGGGAGACUCCCUGGGGCUGGCUCUGCCCCCGCCGCCCGCCUCCCCCGUGUCUCGGACCAGCCCUCAGGAGCUGUCAGAGGAGCUGAGCAGAAGGCUCCAGAUCACUCCGGACUCCAAUGGGGAACAGUUCAGUUCUUUGAUUCAGAGAGAGCCCUCCUCGAGGCUGAGGUCUUGCAGCGUCACGGACGCGGUUGCCGAACAGGCGCAUCUCCCACCGCCCAGUGCCCCAACUAGGAGAGCACGGUCAUCAACUGUCACAGGUGGUGAGGAGACAACGCCAUCAGUGGCCUAUGUACAUACCACGCCGGGCCUACCUUCAGGCUGGGAAGAAAGAAAAGAUGCUAAGGGGCGCACAUACUAUGUCAAUCAUAACAAUCGAACCACCACUUGGACUCGGCCUAUCAUGCAGCUUGCAGAAGAUGGUGCAUCGGGAUCAGCCACAAACAGUAACAACCAUCUAAUCGAGCCUCAGAUCCGCCGGCCUCGUAGCCUCAGUUCGCCAACAGUAACUUUAUCUGCCCCACUGGAGGGUGCCAAGGACUCACCCGUACGCCGGGCUGUGAAAGAUACCCUUUCCAAUCCACAGUCCCCACAGCCAUCACCUUACAACUCCCCCAAACCACAACACAAAGUCACACAGAGCUUCUUGCCACCCGGCUGGGAAAUGAGGAUAGCUCCAAACGGCCGGCCCUUCUUCAUUGACCAUAACACAAAGACUACAACCUGGGAAGAUCCGCGCCUGAAAUUUCCAGUCCAUAUGCGGUCAAAGGCAUCUUUAAACCCCAAUGACCUUGGCCCUCUUCCUCCCGGUUGGGAAGAAAGAAUCCACUUGGACGGCCGGACGUUUUACAUCGAUCACAAUAGCAAAAUUACUCAAUGGGAAGAUCCAAGACUGCAGAACCCAGCUAUUACUGGUCCGGCUGUUCCUUACUCCAGAGAAUUUAAGCAGAAAUAUGACUACUUUAGGAAGAAAUUAAAGAAACCCGCUGAUAUUCCAAAUAGGUUCGAAAUGAAACUGCACAGAAAUAACAUAUUUGAAGAGUCCUAUCGGAGAAUCAUGUCUGUGAAAAGACCAGAUGUCCUAAAAGCUAGACUGUGGAUUGAAUUCGAAUCGGAGAAAGGUCUUGACUAUGGCGGUGUGGCCAGAGAGUGGUUCUUCUUGCUGUCCAAAGAGAUGUUCAACCCCUACUAUGGACUCUUCGAGUACUCUGCGACGGACAACUACACCCUUCAGAUCAAUCCCAAUUCAGGCCUCUGUAAUGAAGAUCAUUUGUCCUAUUUCACUUUCAUCGGAAGAGUUGCUGGUCUGGCAGUAUUUCACGGGAAACUCUUAGAUGGUUUCUUCAUUAGACCGUUUUACAAGAUGAUGCUGGGAAAGCAGAUCACUCUGAACGACAUGGAAUCUGUGGACAGUGAAUAUUACAACUCUUUGAAAUGGAUCUUAGAAAACGACCCCACUGAGCUGGACCUCAUGUUCUGUAUAGAUGAAGAAAACUUCGGACAGACAUAUCAAGUGGAUUUGAAGCCCAAUGGGUCAGAAAUAAUGGUAACAAAUGAAAACAAAAGGGAAUAUAUCGACCUGGUCAUCCAGUGGAGAUUUGUGAACAGGGUCCAGAAGCAGAUGAACGCCUUCCUGGAGGGAUUCACAGAACUGCUUCCUAUUGACUUGAUUAAAAUUUUUGAUGAAAAUGAGCUGGAGUUGCUGAUGUGCGGCCUCGGCGACGUGGACGUGAACGACUGGAGACAGCAUUCUAUUUACAAGAACGGCUACUGCCCGAAUCACCCUGUCAUUCAGUGGUUCUGGAAGGCUGUGCUAUUGAUGGACGCCGAAAAACGUAUCCGGUUGCUGCAGUUUGUCACGGGGACGUCCCGAGUACCUAUGAAUGGAUUUGCCGAACUUUAUGGUUCCAAUGGUCCUCAGCUGUUUACAAUAGAGCAGUGGGGCAGUCCUGAAAAACUGCCCAGAGCUCACACAUGCUUUAAUCGCCUUGACUUACCUCCAUACGAAACCUUUGAAGAUCUGCGAGAGAAACUUCUCAUGGCCGUGGAAAAUGCUCAAGGAUUUGAAGGGGUGGAUUAAAGCAGCACGCCCUGCCUCGGGGGUGGUUGUUCUUCGAGCAAGUUCUGCUUGCACUUUUGCAUUUUGCCUGACAGACUUCUGCGGAGACGAUUGGCAGAAGAGCGGCUGCAGGCGUGGGCCCUGGAGCUGAGCCUUCGCGGCGCACGCGUCCGCCGUCCCCGUCCAGGCGCGGGAACCCGGCCCCAGCUGAGUCCCUGCGCUUCCCCCCGCACAUCAUCGACUGGUUGAUAUGUACACUAAUUACAUUUCAGGAGGACUUUCGCUAUUUAUGUUGUGCCUCUGCAGGCAAAGCCCUUAAUAAAUAUUUUACAUACUUUCUAAUGACAAUGAAUGGAAUUAAUCACUCUACAGGUAUGGUAUUACAACUCGUGUUUACUUUUUAAAAUGAUUUAGACCGAUUUUCAGAUUUUAUUUAAUUACAAUUAAAGAUGUCUCAUGUCCUUGGAAAAGUGAGCAAUUUUUUUUUUUUUUCGUAUUUGAAUUUCAUACCGGGCUUAAUGACAAUGACAUUUUUAUUUUUGAAGUCCUUUGACACCUCCACCCUCUAUUAGAAUUGGAAGCCUAACUUUUGGCCCAAAAACCUCCUACAGACAAGUACUUUGAGAGAACUUCCAAUUCCAUUAUAUCAUUAAACAUAAUGAUAAUUUUUUUUUCCAUACUCAGAAAGAAAAACUGGGUAUUACAUUUUUGGGUUUUUUGUACAAAUCUAGAUAAUAGCUACAGGCUGCGAGACUUGUAACAUAGCAUGACAAAUUUUGUGUUGACUUGAAAGGAAUCACACCAUUAUUCCUUAGAAGUAAUUACGUGUGCUAUAACACAUUUGAGACAGGGUUGGACUACCAUUUCUCGUAAGAGAAAUUACUUAACCCUUCCCGAUGCUGUACAGACAUUCUUUUAUUCUAUUUCCUCUUCGCCAUUUGUAGUAGAGACAUUUUGAAUGAAACUUGGCACUGCUUGAUUUGAAACUGUGGAAACCA